CCAUAAAUCACGCGCCAUUUUACGCACAAUAAACUCGACAUUUAAAAUUAGAAUUUAAUUUACUUUCUCGAAGGCAGACAGACAGUCGAUCCAGUAACCAAUCAGAAUUAAGGUCACAUCCCCUGACCGCUGGUGCGAGAAAUUCAACCCAGUUACCUGGAGACGCAGCACAGUGAAAGACAUCCAGUGUAACUCUAUCCAGAGAAGACAUCGCCACCAGCAACAUUGCUACAACUUUACGGAUCAUUUCAUAAUAUUUCUAUUAUCAGCUUAGAAAGGAAAUCCACAGUAGCACAAUGCGCGUUAUCAUACUGGAUUACUGGAAGAUCGCCGGAGUGUACGUCAACGUUUGGAUAUCUUUCGGAUACUGAGGCUGUUUACCAAGGACCUGUCAAACAUAAUGCCUGAUUAUCAAAAGAAAGUUAUCUUCUCUGUUUCUGGGGUUCUUUGUUUUGCCUGUGUUCUCGUCGUAGCGGCUGCGAUGGGGACUCCGUUUUGGGUAAAGGCGUCUAUUCUGUGUAAAACAGGCGCACAGAUAGUCAAUGCAUCGGGACCGGAGCUGGAGAAAUUCAUCGGAUGGGCGAACUACGGACUUUUCCAAGGCCAGGGCAUGAAGCAGUGCGGUCUGGGGGAUAGACCCUUUUAUUUCUCUUUUUUUCCUGACCUGACAGGUGUGAUUCCAGCCAGUCUACAUGUGAGUGUGAUCUUCUUCUGUGCGGUGCUCAUCUUGUUCUCCUCCGUCUCCUCUGGAUUCUUUUUUUACAAUGCCUUUGGAAAACCUUAUGAGACAUUGCACGGACCGCUGGGACUUUACCUCUGGAAUGUGAUAAGCUGUUUCUGCAGCUGUCUGGUCCUCAUCCUUUUUGCAUCUGAGGUCAAGUUCAACCGUUUGACUGAGACCAUCACUAACUUCAGUGAAGGCAGCUUUGUCUACAAGACGCAAAGCGAAUGCUUCGACAGGUCUUUCUGGCUCAUCUUUCUCACAUUCCUCACACACGGUCUCAAUAUUUUACUCAUCCGCCUGGCGGGGAUUCAUUUUCCCUUUCAGGAGGCUAAAGAGUCUAAUGCUACCACAGGAGCUUCAGAUCUCAUGUACUGAUCGCUUCUUUGUUUUGCUUCCUCCCCUGCACGUGACAUCCUACCACAGUGACCAGAACUUCUCAAUAGGAGUCUUAUAAACAGCAACGUCCGAGGCUCUGUGUUUUUACCCCUAUUCAAACCGCUGAUCUGAACUUGGAGACGGUCUCAUGUUUGUAAGAGAAGGGCUUUUAUCACACAGCGGGGAGGCUGGGAGAUAAAAACUCCCUUUCAUACAAUCUGUUGAUAGAGCAUUCAAUCUGUCAAUCACUGAAACAAUUAAGGGCCACAGUUCCAAUGCCUAUUGAAGAUACCCAGCUAUUUUCCAGUCUGGCUGGGACAAUAUCGUUUUUAUUUUCCGUUUGUACCUUUUAUAAUCCUUUUAUAAUCUAGUUGUGGCACAAAGGGUGUGACUUUUUGACACUUGAGCCACACUUAAAAAUGUAUGGAUGUCAUAGCGUAGAUAAAAGAUCAAACCAAAUGGCAUUUAUUUUUAAUGUGAGCUCAAACACAUCAAAAUGAGGAUGAAGGGUAUUCAGACCAUUUUCUUUUUUCUGCUAUGACUUUUUAACUAACAAACUUGGGCUCAUGGGUUGGUUAUGGGUCAUUGCAAAAGUUACAGUAUGUUAUUCUUGAGAGAAGGUACCACUCAUUGCUUUGAUAUGGUUUGAUAUUUUGUAUCUAAUGCAGUGACAUCAAUAUACAUUUAAAAUGUCAAAACACUCUUAACUGCCCAGACAUGUUUAUACAUGCAUUUUUAAUAUUUAUAUUUUCAUUAUCAUUCAAAGACUGUAUGUGACCCUGGACAACAAAACCAGUCAUAAGCGUCGAAAUAUAGAUUUAUACAUCAUCUGAAAGAUGAUUUAAUAAGUUUUCCAUUGAUGUGUGGUUUGUUAUAGGCAUUAUUUGGCCUAUAUACAACUAUUUGAAAAUCUGGAAUCUGAGGGUGCCAAAAAAAUUUAAAUAUUAUGAAAAUCGCCAUUAAAGUACAAAUUAAAUCCUAAGCAACUGCAUCUGCUCACAAAAAUAAAGUUUUAAUAUAUUUACAGUUGGAAAUGUACAUCCUUCUUUCAGGGAACAUGAUCUUUAAUAACCUAAUAGUUUUUGGCAUAAAAGAUAAUCUGUCAUUUUCACCCAUACAAUGUAUUUUUAGCUUUUGCUACAACUACCCGUGCUACUUAGGAAUGGUUUUGUGUUCCAGGGUCACAAAUAACACACUACAUUAAAUUAAAAUGCAAUACAGUAACAAUAAUUCAUAUAACUAUAAAAUGGAGAAUCAAUAUCUUUGUCAACACCCAACUAAACCAAGGCAGACUAAACAGAUUAAACACACUGUUUAGUCAUUUAUUAGAUCAUUUAUAUCACAUUUAGCUAAUACUAAUUUUUUAUAAUAUUUUGACGUCUUUGUUUUCAUAGAUACUGUAUAUUUGUGCUAUGUGUGUUUAGACUUGGACUCAUUUU